AUGUACUCACUGCUUCGAGCUCCGCUGAUCGUCUUUGAGACCAUCAACCAUGACGACAGCCUUGUUCUGAAGCUCGGUAGGGCUGAAAGCGCCUUUGAAGAUUCGUCACAGAUUGAUCAUAUCCCACAACCUGCGUGGCUGAGUGGUUUGGCCAUUGUUAUCGAUUCGCAUCGACCGCUGCUCAGCACAGCUCGUCUCAACUCCCGAAGCACCUGA